CGCGCGGAGGCGAGGAGCGGCCGAGUGGGACGCCGCGCCGGCGCGCCGCGCGUCCGAGCGGGAGAGCCUCAGCCGCCGAGGUCGGCUUCCAUCCGAGGGGCGAGGCGAGGCGAGGCGGCGGCGGCGAGAGCCGCGAGGCUGCAGCGCAGGGCCGCAGGAGCUCUCCCAUCGCCACUGCAAAUCUGCAAUGCACAAUCUAACACGGCACCAGCAGCUGAUGAAGAAGAUAGGAGACUGAAGAGGAGAAGAAAGUAGCAGAACAACGUGCAGCAGCUGUCAAGACUUCCGGAAAGAAGAAAGAAUCCUCGUCCGUGCGGGAGCACCGUGCGCCGCCUCCCUCGCCGCCGCCGCCACCCCCAUCUCCGCCGCAUCCGAGCCCUGAAGUUGCUGGAAGAGAGGAGGGAUCUAGCAGCGGAAGGAUGGGGUGGAAGGCUGCGGAGAAGCUCAUCAGCCACUGGAAGAUCCUCCGCGGUGACAACGUGAUGAUCAUAAGAGGCAAGGAUAAGGGCGAGAGCGGGCUCAUCAAGCGGGUCAUCCGGUCGCAGAACCGUGUCAUCGUCGAAGGAAAGAAUUUGGUUAAGAAGCAUAUUAAGCAAGGGGAAGGACAUACAGGUGGGAUUUUCUCAAUUGAAGCCCCACUUCAUGUUUCAAAUGUUCAAGUACUUGAUCCAGUCACUGGGAAACCAUGUAAGAUUGGAUAUAAGUAUUUGGAAGAUGGAACUAAAGUCAGAUUUGCUAGAGGAAUGAAUGCAUCUGGUGCUGUGAUACCUAGGCCAGAAAUUUUGAAGGAACGAAGAAAGCCAAGACCUACAUCACCUGGCCCGAAGGAUACACCAAUUGACCUUGUGCUGGAGAAAACCUAUGAUGCUAAGGCUGGAAUUGGAAUGCCUGAUCUAUAAAGUUAGCAACGGGUUUUCUACGGAGGGAGAGUUCAGUGUAUGUGUUUAUGUGACCACUUUUGCUAGUUAAGAUAGCAGUAAGUCUCUAUUACCAACUCUGCAUCUGUACCAGUCUGCUUUCGAAAUAAUCCUGUAACUGCAAUUGUAGCCUCCUGUUUUGGUGAGAACUUUUAUCCUACUGGAAAUGACUGCACAUUUGGGAAAGGUUCAAACCAUUAUUUCUUCAUAGAUA